AUGAAUGAAUGGAAAGCUGCCAAACCGGAAAGAAACACCGCUCUCUCUCUCUCGCUCUCUCUCAACUUGUCUUCUAUCUGCUCGCUCCAACGUGGUUUUAUUGGGGUGGGGUGGGCAGAGAAGGAUUUGGUGAUUGGACACAUGUGGGAAGAAGCGGAUUCGUCGGCGCUGCUCUGCGCUGUGCAAAGGGGAGAGUUGGAUGAAAAGUCCCCUGCAGCUCAAAAAAAGAAGCAAAAUGGGAAACGCCCUUCUAAUAGAGGGAAGGAAUUAUCACCCCAAUAUCAGCAGCGCAAAAGCUCUCAUGUAGCGAAACAAAAACAGUGUGAAAAGGAGUUUUUGGCGCAUAAACAGCAAGUGAUGAUAAAUCUUUCCAGUAACGCAAGCGAUCAUAGUCCCAAGGGCGGUGUGGAUCACAAGUGCCUUCCACUCAUGCAUCUCUUGAAUACACAUGAUGAUUAUGUUACAACAAGCAGCUGUUCGGGUCGCAUUGCACUCUUCCAUAGUGUUAUCAUUCCGGAGGAUCGUGGGGCUGCUGGGCCGCCAGCGUCACUGAAGAGAGGCGGCAAAGACGCAUUAGGUUGGUUGGUGGUCAAGCAUGACGUGCUAACGGAGCGAGAGAUUGAUGUUCUUGUCAGCUGCUUGUGUGACGAUGUUAAGGAUGGAGUUGUAACGGAGACCGCGACGACUCCGCUAGAAGGAGCGACAAGUAAUAAAAAAGAUGGAGAAGAAAAAGAACAGCAGAAAGAGGGCGAAUUGGAUGGUGUUUGGGUGCGGGAAGGGGUACUUCAGGCCUCUUCUCCACCAGUCUUUGGUAUGGUCGCGUUGAAAAUGGAACCGUUUGUGAUGCAUGUCGAGUGCCGCACGAUGGAGAGUGCGAAAAGACUGUUGUCCGCUGCCGCAACGGACGCUGGUUUCCGCAACAGCGGGGUCACACCACCAGGGAAGAAAAUCAUGUGUGGAAUCCGCCACGCCUCUGGACUAGGGCUGGACGUCCCUCUCAUUAUAGACGGCGUGAACUACGUCAAGGGUCAGCACGCCUAUUUGCGGCGGCUUCUGCAUAUGGCCAAUGCGAAGAUGCAUGGCAACGAUGUGAGGCUACACCGACUGGAGGACGGGGUUGCCGCUCGUCUUGCUGCUGAAGAGGGUGCAAAAAAAGGGUUAAGGGUAAAAUAA